AUGAAUAAGAAAAACAAAUCAUCAUCAUCAUCAUCAUCAUCAUCAUCAUCAUCAUCAUCAUCAUCAUCAUCAUCAUCAUCAUCAUCAUCAUCAUCAUCAUCAUCAUCAUCAUCAUCAUCAUCAUCAUCAUCAUCAUCAUCAUCAUCAUCAUCAUCAUCAUCAUCAUCAUCAUCAUCAUCAUCAUCAUCAUCAUCAUCAUCAUCAUCAUCAUCAUCAUCAUCAUCAUCAUCAUCAUCAUCAUCAUCAUCAUCAUCAUCAUCAUCAUCAUCAUCAUCAUCAUCAUCAUCAUCAUCAUCAUCAUCAUCAUCAUCAUCAUCAUCAUCAUCAUCAUCAUCAUCAUCAUCAUCAUCAUCAUCAUCAUCAUCAUCAUCAUCAUCAUCAUCAUCAUCAUCAUCAUCAUCAUCAUCAUCAUCAUCAUCAUCAUCAUCAUCAUCAUCAUCAUCAUCAUCAUCAUCAUCAUCAUCAUCAUCAUCAUCAUCAUCAUCAUCAUCAUCAUCAUCAUCAUCAUCAUCAUCAUCAUCAUCAUCAUCAUCAUCAUCAUCAUCAUCAUCAUCAUCAUCAUCAUCAUCAUCAUCAUCAUCAUCAUCAUCAUCAUCAUCAUCAUCAUCAUCAUCAUCAUCAUCAUCAUCAUCAUCAUCAUCAUCAUCAUCAUCAUCAUCAUCAUCAUCAUCAUCAUCAUCAUCAUCAUCAUCAUCAUCAUCAUCAUCAUCAUCAUCAUCAUCAUCAUCAUCAUCAUCAUCAUCAUCAUCAUCAUCAUCAUCAUCAUCAUCAUCAUCAUCAUCAUCAUCAUCAUCAUCAUCAUCAUCAUCAUCAUCAUCAUCAUCAUCAUCAUCAUCAUCAUCAUCAUCAUCAUCAUCAUCAUCAUCAUCAUCAUCGUCAUCAUCAAAUCGGUUAAACUCCCAUUAG